AUACUAUUGGAAGUGAAAUUCAAAUGAAGCUCACAAGAAAAAGUAUUAUUGCUAUUCGUGAUACCGGACUCAUACCGAUAGCUCUGGUGAUGGAUCAGUCUACAACAAAUCAAAAAAUGAUUCGUGAAGCUGGCGGAACUGCUGAACAUCCAAUAAUACAAGUUGACAACGAAGAUAUAGCCGUUAUGUUUGAUCCACCCCAUUUGUUGAAAAAUGCACGAAAUGCACUUUAUAAGUACAACGCUGUAUUCGAAGACCAGAUAGCCUCAUUUAAUCACAUCAAGCUUCUUUUUGAAACUGACGUGGCAUCCACGUUGCGUUUAGCUCCCAAACUUCUUUAUAAAGCUAUUCAACUUCCACCAUUUUCGAAAAUGAAUGUUUCUAUAGCAACACGUACGUUAAGCGAAUCAUGUGCUAUUGCCAUUCGACAUUAUGUGGAAAUAGGAUCACUACCAACAGCAGCACUACAAUCAGCGUCUUUCAUCGCACUCCACGAUAAACUAUUCGAUACAUUCAAUUCGAAAGAACGUUACGUGAAUUCAAUUGGCAAGCCUUACAGAACUCCAAUAACAGACAAUUCUGUGCAUCUUAAAUUUCUAGAGGAAACACAACGAGUCUUCAAGACAAUGUACUAUACUGUAAAUACGUGCUUCAACAUUAAAACAGCAAAAAAAUUGUCCAGAGCACUAACUAGUGCCCAAAAACGUCCGGUAUACCUUAAAGGUUUUAUAGGGAACAUCAACGCUUUGAAGUGGAUUUUGAACACGCUAAAAGAACAAUACAGCUGCAAUUAUUUAUGCACAAACCCACUGUGCCAGGACUGCUUGGAGAACUUUUUUUCUGAAAUUCGACGCCGUUGUGGGUUUAAUGAAGCUCCUAAUGCUUUCCAAUUUUGCACUGCAUUUAAAUAUGCCAUGAUAUCAUCCAGUAAAUCAAGUAACAUCUCCAAUGAUGGCAUGAAUUGUGAGAACGAUAGGCUUCCAUUUUUCCUGAAUGAGGAAGAUCUUGAAGAAACUUUCACGGCGGUGUCAAACACUCCCACAUUUGAUUUCGAACCAUUAAAUGUUGAUGCACCCUAUCAGUUCCUCGCGAAGGACAUAAACGCAUUGAUAUAUAUCAUUGGAGCAGCAGUUCAUAAACUGCCUCAUGCAAGAUGUCGUUCAGUGUUGAAAAUUGAACAGGAUAACGCUUCCUCGCAUAAUGAAGAUUACGCGUUUUGCAAAUUAAAAUCUCAAUUUUCUUUUCGUCAGAUUAAUAUUCCUAACAACAAACUGUAUGAUAUUGGAUUAGUUUCAUUUGCCAAAACAUGUUAA